GGUAAUGCAGCGCGUGGAUGAAAGUACACAAAGGAGGCCACAAACGGAAACGUGUACAGGGUCAACGAGCGGUGGGUUUAUUUCCGUAAAAUAAAAUCCACCAUUUCUUUGCUUUCUGGACUGUUUAUAUGUUUGUGACAUGAGUAAUAUUUCAGCCGGAUAAAGAAAAAACAGAAGGACAACGACGAGAUUACUCAUAAUGAUUUGAUGAUGUGCCUUAAACUUAAAGGAAGUAGCUGCUCUGUGCUUGGGAUUAAGCCCUUGAGUUUGAGAUUAUAGCAGGCUGUGAAGAGGUUGCCAUGAAAGGGGUGAGCUCCAGAUCUGCAUUCGCUCUGGGCUUUCUGGUAGGCUGCUGCAGUCUUUACUUCUUCCUGAAGGAGGUGUGGUUUGAGCAAAGCUUCAGCGUGUGGUUCAGUGCACUGCAGGAUGAGCAGACCGUCAUCAAUGCCAGCUGGAAGGUGCAAUAUUCUGCUCUCAUCAACCUGAAUCACCCUCAUCAUACAGAAGAGGACAGCCGUGUUGCAGAUGAGCUUUACCAAAAAGUACGCAUCCUGUGCUGGGUCAUGACAGGCCCUAGCAACUUGCAGUCAAAGGCGCGGCAUGUGAAAGCAACAUGGAGUCGUCAUUGCAACACAGUGUUGUUCAUGAGCUCGGAGGAGGAUCGUGACUUUCCAACAGUGGGCCUUGGAACAGGAGAAGGGCGCGAUCAGCUCUACUGGAAGACCAUCCGAGCCUUCCAUUAUGCCCUGAAGAACCAUGGCGAGGAAGCAGACUGGUUCCUCAAGGCUGAUGAUGACACUUUUGUGGUGGUGGACAACCUGCGCUGGAUCCUGUCCAACUACUCCUCCGAGGAGCCAGUCUACUUCGGUAAGCGCUUCAAACCCUACGUCAAGCAGGGCUACAUGAGCGGCGGCGCUGGAUACGUGCUCAGCAAGGAGGCGCUGAGACGAUUUGUGCAGGGAUUCAGCACUCAAGUGUGCACUCAUACGUCCUCAGUGGAGGACCUGGCCAUGGGUCAGUGUUUGGAGAAGAUGGGCGUGUUGGCAGGAGACUCGAGAGACAGUAUACAGCGCGAGACCUUCCACCCAUUCGUCCCUGAGCACCACCUCACUCAGGUUUUCCCCAAAACCUUCUGGUACUGGAAUUACUGCUACUAUCCCAUCGUGUUGGGUCCACUGUGCUGCUCUGAUCUCGCUGUGUCCUUCCAUUACGUGGACGCUGAGCUGAUGUACAUUCUAGAAUACUACACAUACCAUCUGCGACCUUAUGGCUACCAGUACCGCUACCAGCCUUCAGAUCCAUCUCUCCUUAAUGUAAAAGCUAAUGCUGAGAGACUGGCAAAGGUCACUGUGAAAGAAACGCAGCAUGUAGCAGAACAACCAAAGGCAUCCAAGCUGACGCGGCCCAUUCAGGCCAGUACAGAGGGGGACUUGGGGCAAAAGACAGGCCAAGAGAAUAAUUUACCAAACAAGAGUAUUGGAACUGUUCAGGAGAGCCAGCGAUGAUCAUCAGGAAAGCUGAAAGUGUUUUAUGUAGAGAAAGGGAACGUGUCCAUGGACAUGUAAUGGCAAUUGAACGUAAUGGCAUUGUGCUACUAGUUUAUUGAGACUUGUACCCCAGCACUGUUGAACUGUCAGAUCUGACGGGUCAGGUAUUCGUUUCAUUUUCACUGGCAAGUAUUUCCAGCUGUAAGGUAAAUGACAGGUUAAUGUAUAUGAAUGCCUUCAUUCUACUACAUUAUUGUUUGUACAGUUACAGCUAAUUCACGAAGACCUUGAUAUGGUGAAAUUUUCUGUAAAGAGAUGUUUGUUUCUGCAACAUUUAUGGAAGGAGUCUCCAGCGUCAGCACUUUGUUACAGUCAGUAUGUUUUUCACCACAGGAGGCUUCAGGAGAGAGCACUUAAUGUUUUUAUAGCUGCUCUAACAUAAGUUAUAACUGAUGUGUUUCAUGUACAUUUUAAAAUGUAACUAUAAACAGAUAAAAGUUAUUCUGUUCUUUAAUUUUUUUUUUGAAAGUAAUUGAUGACAAAGUGCUAUGGUGGAAGAGGAGUAAAUUAUUUUGUGGUGUACUGUUGUAGGAAAUGAAUCAAUGUUAGUAAGAUGAUCAGAAAUUCAUUUGGUACCCGUAGUGCGUUUUUUUUUUUUUCCCGCCCCCAUUUCAAGUUUAUUAUUUGAUGGGAGAAGCAGAUCAGUGCACACGAUGUACCUGCACAUGUUGCCUCACCAUCCACUGUAAUUAUUAUUUACAGCAAUGAAUGAAAAAAGUUUUGUACUGAGCCUGACGAUGAUCACUAACCACAUAUUGUGCAGCAAGUGACACAUCAAUGUACAGGAUUUAUUUCCUUCUUAAAUCGCCUUGAGCUAAAUUUGAGGUAUAUUUACACUGGAUGAUGAUGGGAUGAUUUAUUUUUACUCUUUAUUUCUGCCAGUGUCUAUGAAGUUCGAUGACUGUCUCAUUGCAAAGAAACUAUUUUACCACUAAUAAAGCCUGUAGAGCUUUAUAACAUC